CAUGCUCUGGGCUUCCGGUGACCUCUGGUCCUUUUCUGCAGUCCGCUCCCUGCCUAACGUGCUCUCUCCCUGUAGCUUUCGUUUCUUACCCCUGGUGUAUCUUCGCACGUUGCCUGCCGACUGUGGCGCCUGCGACUGGUAGAGGCGGUAGCACAAGACACUCGUCAUGGCCGCCUCUAAGCCAGUGGAGGCGGCUGUGGUCGCAGCGGCUUCGCCGGGCUCCGGGAGUGGAGUGAGCGGAGGCGGCGGGACUUUGGGCCCGAGCCCUGGGGGCCUACCCCGAUGGCAACUGGGCGCUGGAGCCGUGUACCUGUGGAGCCGGCAGCGACGGCGACGAGAGGCUGGAGGCCGGGGCGACGCCGGCGGUCUGAAGCGUAACAGUGAGCGGAAGACCCCAGAGGGCAGGGCCAGUCCAGCCCUGGGCAGCGGACAUCCGGAAGGCUCCGGUGCCCACCUGGAAAUGAACUCUCUUGAUAGAGCCCAAGCAGCCAAGAACAAAGGCAAUAAGUAUUUUAAAGCAGGAAAGUAUGAACAAGCUAUUCAGUGCUAUACAGAAGCUAUCAGUCUGUGCCCUACCGAGAAGAAUGUUGACCUUUCUACAUUUUAUCAGAAUAGAGCUGCUGCCUUUGAACAGUUGCAAAAAUGGAAAGAGGUGGCCCAAGAUUGUACAAAGGCUGUUGAACUUAAUCCCAAAUAUGUGAAAGCUCUCUUUAGACGUGCAAAAGCCCACGAGAAGCUAGACAAUAAGAAGGAAUGUUUAGAAGAUGUCACUGCUGUGUGUAUAUUAGAAGGGUUCCAAAAUCAACAAAGCAUGCUUUUAGCUGAUAAAGUUCUUAAACUUCUUGGAAAAGAGAAAGCCAAAGAAAAGUACAAGAAUCGUGAACCUUUGAUGCCAUCUCCACAGUUUAUCAAAUCUUACUUCACUUCUUUCACUGAUGAUAUCAUUUCUCAACCUAUGCUUAAAGGAGAGAAGUCUGAUGAAGAUAAAGACAAGGAAGGAGAAGCUUUAGAAGUAAAAGAAAAUUCUGGAUAUUUGAAGGCCAAACAGUACAUGGAAGAAGAAAACUAUGAUAAAAUCAUAAGUGAAUGCUCAAAAGAAAUAGAUGCUCAAGGAAAGUACAUGGCAGAAGCAUUAUUACUACGAGCCACCUUCUACUUACUCAUUGGCAAUGCUAAUGCUGCCAAGCCUGAUUUAGAUAAGGUCAUCAGUUUGAAAGAAGCUAAUGUGAAGCUUCGAGCAAAUGCCCUCAUCAAAAGAGGCAGCAUGUACAUGCAACAGCAGCAGCCUUUGCUGUCUACUCAGGAUUUUAACAUGGCUGCUGACAUUGAUCCUCAGAAUGCAGAUGUUUAUCACCACCGAGGACAGCUGAAAAUACUGCUUGAUCAAGUUGAAGAAGCAGUGACAGACUUCGAUGAAUGUAUUAGAUUGCGGCCUGAGUCUGCUCUGGCGCAAGCUCAGAAAUGUUUUGCAUUGUAUCGCCAGGCAUAUACAGGAAACAAUUCUUCACAAAUUCAAGCAGCAAUGAAAGGUUUUGAAGAGGUCAUAAAGAAAUUUCCAAGAUGUGCUGAAGGCUAUGCUCUAUAUGCCCAGGCAUUAACAGAUCAGCAACAAUUUGGUAAAGCUGAUGAAAUGUAUGAUAAAUGUAUUGAUUUAGAGCCAGAUAAUGCCACAACAUACGUUCAUAAAGGUUUACUUCAGCUUCAGUGGAAGCAAGAUUUGGAUAAAGGUUUGGAGCUUAUCAGCAAAGCUAUUGAAAUUGAUAAUAAAUGUGAUUUUGCAUAUGAAACCAUGGGAACUAUUGAAGUGCAAAGAGGAAACAUGGAGAAAGCCAUUGACAUGUUCAACAAAGCCAUUAACCUGGCCAAAUCAGAAAUGGAGAUGGCGCACCUGUAUUCCCUGUGCGAUGCUGCCCAUGCCCAGACAGAAGUUGCAAAGAAAUAUGGAUUAAAACCACCAACAUUAUAAACAAGAGGAAGGAGACUGACCAGCCCUCUUUUUAAAAGAAGUUGACCCCUUCUUCAACUGAACCAUAAACACACAGUCAUGAACAUGUUGAAUGGUGGAAUUUAGUAUUCCCUUUGUGGUGUUGUCAGUCAUUACAUCUGUUUCCUGUUUAAGUGUUGUGGGCGUGGCUGUUGAAGGAAGUUUGCUGUCUUGCAGCUUUUACUCCCUGUGCAACAAGAGCUUAGAACUUGUUAAAGGGAUAUUAAAAUACAGUUGCAGAAUACAAAAGCUAAUUGGCCAUGCAAAUAAAAACUUUGAUUUAUUGAUUUUGUUUUUGUUGGUUUUAUUUAAUUAAUGGGGGUAGGAGGUUGUUAUAUUCUGGACGAUUUUGUCUUUAUAUAUGUGUAUAAUAUGUGAGUGUUUUACAGUAUAUUGUUUGUUUUUUUCUUCAUUGAGUU